AUGGUUAAGAAACAUAGUGGUGCUUUCUAUCGGCAAAAAAAGAAAGAAAAUGCUUCUGAAACUGCCAAAGUAUUAGCUAAAACGCCUAAACUGUACAAUUAUUUUCAACAAAAUCCUCCAAAUCUUACAAGAGAGAAUGUCCAGAAUGAUAACCAUAGUUUGAGUAAUGAUAACGCUGUUUCACAACACUGCUCUAGUGCUCAUUCCCCUGAUGGGUCAUCUGAUUUGAAUAAAGAUGAUGAUUGUAUUAGUCAACCUGAAAAAACUGAAGUAAAUGAGCAGAAGAUUGAACUACUUCGUACAAUAAAUUCAACGUUUGAUAACACUGUCACUUCAGAAGAUGAUCCAACAUUGUGGAUAGUGAAUGAAACAACCAAAGAUUAUUUUUCAUUUAAUGGCUUUAAUCAAAACCUGGAAAACAAUGAUUUUUCAAAAUCAAAAAGACUUUCUACAAAACGAAUGCGGGGUGCUCAGCGUUCCUAUUAUAGAUAUUUCAGUCUUAAGUUUAUAAAAACUAAGUUAAUAAAUAAUGAACCAUUCAAUCGUACAUUUUUGGUAUAUUCGAAUAGUACCGGUAAUGUUUAUUGUGCACCUUGUCGAUUAUUUGGGAGUAAAUCAGUUUUUGCUACAGUUGGUUUUAGUAACUGGAAGAAAGGAGAAGAAAAAAUAUCACAGCAUGAAAAUUCGAUUUCACAUAAAUCUUGUGUUCUUAAAAUGUCUCAAAGAGGUUCUGUAUUAGAACGAAUUGAUAAACAACUUAUUUUACAAGUAGAAACAGAAAAAAUGUAUUGGGAAAAAGUGUUGACAAGAGUAGCAGCUGUUGUAAAAUCGUUGAGUUCCAGAGGACUUCCAUUGAGAGGACAUGAUGAUAAAUUUGGUUCUACUCAUAGUGGAAAUUUUAUAAUGAGCUUAGAGCUCAUAGCUGAAUUUGAUCCAUUUCUUUCCAAUCAUAUUGCACAAUAUGCCAAUAAAGGAAAAGGAAGCACAUCUUAUUUAUCUUUUGCAACUUUUGAACAAUUUGUUUACAUUAUGGCUGAAAAAGUAAAAGAAACUAUAGUCAAUGAAAUUAAAGAUGCAAAAUAUUUCUCUAUAGUAGUAGAUUCAACGCCUGACAUUUCUCAUACCGAUCAAUUGUCAUUAAUAUUCAGAUAUGUAAAAAAGAAUGGUGAACCUGUUGAAAGAUUUUUACAGUUUUUUGCCAAUGCUGGACAUAAGUCUGAAGAUAUGGCUGAUGCAAUUUUUAUGGCGUUAGGAGCAAAUGAUCUGAAUAUUAAAAAUUGCCGUGGCCAGUCAUACGAUAACGCAUCUAAUAUGUCAGGCAUGUACUCAGGACUUCAGGCAAGAAUAAAAGAAGCGUGUAUCCAUGCAGUUUACAUUCCUUGUGCUGCACAUUCAUUAAACUUAGUUGGUGAAUGUGCAGCCAGUUGCUGUACACAGACUUACGAAAUAGUUUUGCAUUCUAUGAAAAAUUGGGUAAAGAAAAAUCUGGUGUAG